CAGGGCCUAAGCCUGUUUUUUUAGUGGAUAAAAAAAAAUGAAGUACUUGUAGGUAGGUAAUACUUAAAAGUCAGUUAAAAAAUCAUUGUGAAACAGAUUGAGUAUCAAUUUAAUAAUUUUGUCAAUAUUGAAUAUUAUGCCAUUAUAUACCCCUGUUGGUUGAAGUUAAUGUCAGAUUAUUAUAUUUAUUAAAAAAAAAAAAAAACGGAGAUUGCAUUAAAUUAUUUCACCAAACAACCUAAAUAAUUUCUCUUCAAUAACUCAACAUCAUAAAGAGUUGCUUAAAUGAGAAGACUUGAUUUGUAUUGUUUUACACAUAUUGGUAAUCUUUUUUAUUAAUCAUAUUCUCUUCUAAAUUAUACAUUUAUAUUUGUGAAUUGUUUGUCAUAUGUCACUUGGUUAUCGUCUACUUUUGUAGUCUAUUAAUCAAGUUUACCUGUAAUUUGUAAUUAGGGCUUCAAUAUUAUAUGGGAAAAGUGUAAUUUCAUUGUUUUUUUUUUCUAGUAUUUACUAUCUUUACUAUUCAUUUUUUUAGUAUUUCAUCCAAAAUGACAUUUCUAGCAAAUAGGGCUGUACGCGGUUUGAUUUGGUGCGGUUUGGGGUGAAUUUUUCCAAAAUCGCACCAAACUGUAAUUUAAAUUGCGGUUUGGUGCGGUGCGAUUUGUGAUUUAACCGUAAUUUUUCAAAGAAAAAAAAACCUUGCUCAAAUUUAUUUAACUGAACAACAAGUUAUCAGCUAGGCAAUAACAAACAACAAUCAACAAUAUAGCUUUCAUCUAAUCUAAAUGUCUAAUAAAGUAUAACCAUACAACCAUACAUAAAGUUUGUCACCAAACCAUCUGUAAAUGCUCCAAAAUCUUACGUUUCUACCAUGUACGUAGUAUAUCAUUGUAUUAUAUAUAAAUGUGGUUUAUAUAUGCGGUUUGCGAUUUAAACCAUACACCGUAAAAUUGUGGUUUGCGGUUUGGUUUGGUUUUAUAUUUUGGAAACCCAAACCAAACCACAAUAAUACAGUUUGGAAAAAAUAAAAACUAAACCGUAAAUUUCAAACCGCAAAUCAGACCUAACCGCAAGAUUGCGAUUUGGUUUGUGGUUUGGUGCGGUCUAAACUGUACUCUGUAUAGUCCUACAAGCAAAUACCAAUUUUUUACUUAAUUAAUUUGUGAAAGGUAAUGUACAUUUAUUUCAAAAUUUCGAAUUGUUUAUUGAUUUACCGAUAAACUUUUAUUAUAUCCCCUUCAAUAAACACAAGACUUUUAAUCAAUAGACUAUUUCGUAAUAAGAUUGAUUAAUUAAAUAUUGUAGGAUCAAAAUAUACUACAUACCAUUUUUCUUUUUUUUCUUUUUUUUUUUUUGGAAGAACAAAAUAUACCAUCUUAAAUUUGAAUGAUUUUCAAGGCAAUUAAUUCAAUCCCCCUCUUUAUUACAAGUAUUACCUAAACCUUGUUCAAUCAAGCAAGGCCUUGGUUGCUCAAGCUUCCCAAUUCACAUUUCUCCUCACAAGCCCCAUCACUACUCACUAGUGUCUGGUGUACUCACUACCAAUCUCUCUCUGAGUCUCUUGUCCAUCAUCAUCGCCGCCGCUAAUUUCGUUUCCUCCGUCGUUAAUUCCGCCCCUUUUUUUUUCUCUAUCUUGCUACAUUCUCAAUUCAGUUUCCUUGAAGAAAAUUAUAUGGGUUUUGCUAAUUAGAUGAUCAAAACUGCUUUUCCGAGCCUUCAAUCGAAUUGGGUUUCAUCAUUUUUCGAUUGAGUGGAUGGUGAAUUGCACGGGUCUCCAUGAUACUCACAUUUGGAACUAGAUUCCGCCAAUGUGCGAUAAAUGUGAUUCCGACGUCCACAAAGAUUUCAAACUUAAGGUUUUCGAUCAGAAUCCUUGUUGCUUCACUUCAGAAUGUGGCAUUAUCCCAUGGAAAUGGGGGUCAUUUUGGACUAUCUUUUAUACAAGUAAAGGAGCUCAGUAAAAUUGAUAGUUGCAAGAUAAUGGACUGGUCCAUUAAGAGCAGUGCAGAUGGCAAAGGAUUGGACCCUCUCACCGGCAGUGGUGAUGGAAGAACUCGAUUACUUAAAACAAUUCAGAGUCUUCAGAUUAAAUUAAAUGCACGAAUUCGAGAUUUCCGGAAAGAUCUUCCUAAGAAAUUUCUUUUUUUCUUGGUGGGUUUCUAUUGCGCAACUGCUUUUGCUACAGUAAUUGGGCAAACAGGUGAUUGGGACAUUAUGUCUGCUGCUGUGGCUGUUGCUGUGGUGGAGGGUAUUGGGGCUCUUAUGUACAAAGCUUCUGCACCUUUGCUUGACAGGAGCAGGAACCUUAUAGUUCUUUUUAAUUACUGGAAAUCUGGCCUUACAUUGGGUCUUUUCUUGGAUUCAUUCAAGUAUGAAAUAAGUUGGGAAUGAUUGUUCUUGUAUUUUCCAUACUAGACUUCCCACAUUUUAAUUACUUUUGAGCCUUAUUUUCAGGUAUUAAGGUAUCACGAGUCAACUCCUUUUGAAGAUAGGAAAUUGAAUUACUAUGAAAUGAAGCAGUUUAAGACGUAGCCAGAAUGUACAUUGGUGUUGACAAAAGGGUUUUUAUGAAGUUGUUCUGGGAAGAGAAAUGUAUGUCAAUUACUCAAUUGCUACUUAUGAAGAAUAUAGUGGAUUCACAUACAAUUAUACAGCACCUGUUGUUUUUUUGUUUUUUUAAUAUUUUUUUUUCAUCGAGGCUUGUAAUAUACUGAUGCUAGAUGCUAAGCUUAGCAGGAAAUGCUGAAACAAAGGUUGCUAACAGGCAUGUACAUAAAAGGCAAAAUCAUGUUGCAAAUUAUUUGUCUUGCCUUCCGAUUGUUAGGUGAUAACCUGGAUGUUUUAUAUGCUGGUUUCUUUUUUGUGUGAAAGUGAAUUCAAAUUUCCAGGUAUCUAAGAAUAUUUAAGAUAUGCAUUGUAAAUUAUUUAUACAUAUUUGAAAUUCAGAGUUGCAAUUCAAAAUUUA